GGGUCAGGAUAAAGCUUGGUUCGGGGCCUGGAUAGAAACAUGAGGUGCAGUUGGCUGCUUUUCUCCCGUUUCCCACAGGGAUGGGGAGGGGUUGAGCAACCCUGUGUUUCCCUGCCCUUGUUCUCUGCAUCCCUCUUGGCUGGGGAAAUGAUGGCUGCAGCCUGCAAAGUUACUGCAAAUGUGAAUUAAAUCCCAUACUGCAAAAACACGUCUGUGCAUGCAAGCAAGGGGAGUUGGAGAGGAGGGGGCAAAGGGGUACUUGAUGUUAACUUAAUUUUUAGCUGGGUGCAAAUGAGAGUGCCGGUGCUGAAGGACACUGGAGUUUGGUGGCCUCUGUCCUUCCCACCUCAGGAUUACUAUGGCAAAGAGCUGCAGAAGUCAGAGGACCUGAAAACAAAUGCGUGCAUCACCUCGGCCAGGCCCCUUCCCAAGGCAGUGAGAGAUGCUUUGAAGCGUGUCCACGAGGAGGUGGUAGCCAGGUACUACGGCUGUGGUCUGGUCAUCCCUGAGUGCCUGGAGUCAUGCCGGAUCCUGGACCUGGGCAGUGGCAGCGGCAGGGACUGCUACCUGCUGAGCCAGCUGGUUGGGGAGCAGGGCCAUGUCACCGGGAUAGACAUGACCGAGGGCCAGGUCGAGGUGGCAAAAAAGCACAUUGCCUACCACAUGGACAAGUUUGGCUACCAAAAGACAAAUGUGGAGUUCCUCCAGGGCUACAUGGAGAAGCUGGGUGAUGCCGGGUUGGCUGAUGAGAGCUACGAUAUUGUCAUCUCCAACUGCGUGAUCAACCUCUCCCCCGACAAGAGGGCCGUGCUGCGGGAGGCCUACCGUGUGCUGAAGCCUGGGGGAGAGAUGUACUUCAGUGACAUCUACGCCAGCCAGCACCUGAGUGAGACCAUUCGGAAGCACAGGGUGCUGUGGGGGGAGUGCCUGGCGGGAGCCCUGUGCUGGAGAGACCUGUACAGCAUUGCCGCGGAGGUGGGGUUCAGCCCCCCGUGCCUGGUCACCUCCAGCCCCAUCACCAUCGGCGACAGGGAGCUGGAGGGCAUUGUCGGUGAGGGUCUGACCAGGGAGUGUUGGCUCCAGGCAGCCGUGGAGUGCUGUGCUGGGAUCCCGGGCUCUACCAGUUCCCCGCCUGAGCACUUGGUUCCCAACUCACACACUUUCCCCUUGCAGGUGACUGCCGCUUUGUCUCUGCAACUUUCCGCCUGUUCAAGAUACCAGGUAGCAGCUGGGCUGGGCCAGGACAGGUCAUCUACAAUGGCGGGAUCGUGGGGCAUGAGCGAGAGCUGGUGUUCGAUGCCAAUUUCACCUUCAAGGUGGGAGGAGGCAUGCUGGGGCUCUCCAGAAUGCCAAACAGUCCUGGUCUGUAGGGAUGGGGGAGAGCUGAUGAAGCAGUGCUACUCAGCAGCGUUCUUUGUGAUUUUGGGGGUAAGCUUUGGUAGAGGGGGUGGUAGGUGGGAGCAGAGGGGCUGUCCAAACCAGGGGAGGUGCAAACAGAGGUGAGAAAGGGAGUCAGAUGCAUGCAUUGCACUGGGGUCAAGAUAGGAGGAGGACAUCCAUGGUGGCUUCACAGGAGGGUUUGAAGCCAGCUGCUUGGUUGUUGUGGGUGUUUCUCAAGGUUUUGGGCCAGUCUGCUGGCUCCCCUGCUUCAGCUCCCCUUAUCCUGUGACUGGGUGGCUGGAGUCCCUGGGUCACAUAUUCUGGAUCCCAGCCCUGUGAUUGUCCUCUUGCCCCCAGGAAGGAGAGGUGGUCGACGUGGAUGCUGAAAUGGCUGCGAUCUUGCGGAGCUCCAGGUUUUCAGAGAAGUUCCUGAUCCGAGCUGGUGGAGCCAACACUGCUGCUCAGCAGGGCUGCU